GGAACUGCGCAACGCCAAGAUGGCAGCGGCCGUGGUGGGAGUCUCCUUGAGGCGGAAUGUCCCUGCGCGGCUCCUGCGGGCCUGUCCGCAGCCGGUGAGCGGCGCGGAACCGCCCCAGGGGGUGCGUCGGGGAGCGCAGACGGCGGCGGCGGCGCCCCGGAUCAAGAGGUUUGCCAUCUACAGAUGGGAUCCUGACAAGCCUGGGGACAAGCCCCACAUGCAGACCUAUGAAGUGGAUUUGAAUAAGUGUGGGCCCAUGGUGCUUGAUGCCCUGAUCAAGAUUAAAAACGAGGUGGACUCCACUCUGACCUUCCGCAGGUCCUGCAGGGAAGGGAUCUGCGGCUCCUGCGCCAUGAACAUCGCUGGAGGCAACACCCUGGCCUGCAUCAAAAAAAUUGAUCCUGAUCUCAGCAAGGUCACCAAGAUCUACCCUCUGCCCCACAUGUAUGUGGUGAAGGACCUUGUUCCUGACUUGAGCAACUUCUAUGCUCAGUACAAAUCCAUUGAGCCUUACCUGAAGAAGAAGGAUGAGUCCAAAGAGGGCAAGCAGCAGUACCUGCAGUCCAUAGAAGACCGCCAGAAACUGGAUGGGCUCUAUGAGUGCAUCCUGUGUGCCUGCUGCAGCACCAGCUGCCCCAGCUACUGGUGGAAUGGGGACAAGUACCUGGGCCCUGCAGUGCUGAUGCAGGCCUACCGCUGGAUGAUCGACUCCAGAGACGACUACACCGAGGAGCGCCUGGCGCAGCUCCAGGACCCCUUCUCCCUCUACCGCUGCCACACCAUCAUGAACUGCACGAGGACUUGCCCUAAGGGUCUGAACCCAGGCAAGGCCAUUGCUGAGAUCAAGAAGAUGAUGGCAACCUACAAAGAGAAGGCAGCCACUGCCUGAGGCUGCUCCCUGCUCACACACAGAGAUGCUUCUCCUGAAGGGAUCUCUUCCUGAUGGAGCAGGGGAAGGCUCCAGCUGGGGGUUUGGUGUUUGGCCCUAGGUUUGCACAUCCAAUAAAUACUGUCAAGAACCAGGAACUUGGGUACUUGAUGAACAGCC